AGUUAAUCCAAAUCAAGACCACACAAAACUCAGCACAGAUCAGACAUGAAAAGCAGCAGCCGAGUAGACAAGAUGACAAUCACAACUCACACAAGACAGCAAGAUGGAUCAUCAUAAAUCCAUUAGCCAGAGGUAGAAGAAGCAAAGCUCAUAUAGAUAGGGAAAGAGUUAUAAAUACCCUCCAUUUUUUUGUUCAUCUGUCAUCCCUUCUCCCCCCAAAUCCACCCAUCAGAGGAGGAAGAAGAAGUAGAAGAAGAGGGAGGAAGAGUAUUUUUUUGAAAAAAGCUUUGAUCUUGGGUUGAGUUUGGGGGGCGGGUGAUCAAUGGUGAAGGGCGGCGUCAGUGGCGGCGGCGGCAGGCGAGAGGUGCUGCUAGGCGGGUACGAGAUGGGGCGGACGCUCGGGGAGGGGAACUUCGGGAAGGUGAAGUACGCGCGGCACCUCGCGACGGGCGGCCACUUCGCCGUCAAGAUCCUGGACCGCGGCAGGGUCGUCUCCCUCCGCGCCGGCGACCAGAUUAGGCGGGAGAUCGCCACGCUGAAGCUGCUCAAGCACCCCAACGUCGUCCGCCUCCACGAGGUUGCUGCUAGCAAAACAAAGAUUUACAUGGUGCUCGAGUUUGUCAAUGGAGGCGAACUGUUUGAGAGAAUUGCAAUAAAGGGAAAACUCUCUGAGAAAGAAGGAAGGAGGCUUUUUCAGCAAUUAAUUGAUGGUGUGAGCUACUGCCAUGAUAAGGGCGUCUACCACAGAGACCUCAAGCCUGAAAACGUUCUUGUGGACAAAAAGGGCAACAUCAAGAUCUCUGAUUUUGGUCUCAGUGCUUUACCUCAACAUCUCGGGAAUGACGGAUUACUGCAUACUACUUGUGGUAGCCCCAACUAUAUUGCCCCUGAGGUUCUGCAGAAUAAAGGAUAUAAUGGAUCCUUGUCAGACAUCUGGUCUUGUGGAGUUAUCCUUUACGUAAUGCUUGUAGGAUAUCUUCCAUUUGAUGACCGAAAUAUUGUUGUUCUUUAUCAGAAGAUUUUCAAGGGUGACACUCAGAUCCCAACGUGGCUUUCGCCUAGUGCACAAAAUCUUCUUCGGAGGAUUCUUGAACCCAAUCCGAUGAAGAGGAUCGACAUGGCAGGGAUCAAAUCACACGAAUGGUUUCAGGAGGACUAUGUUCCUGUUGUUCCAUAUGAUGAUGACGAUGACGAUGUACAGCUUGGUGCACGCCUUCCUGUCAAAGAGCAAAUCAACGAUGAGCCUGGAGAUAAGAAUUCUCAUCAGAUCAAUGCUUUCCAGUUGAUUGGAAUGGCAUCAUCCCUUGAUCUUUCAGGGUUUUUUGAGGAUGAGGAAGUAUCCCAAAGGAGGAUUAGAUUCGCAUCAAUGCAUACACCCAACGAAGUGUUCGACAAGAUUGAAAGCUCUGCAACAGAGUUGGGAUUCCAAGUUCAGAGGGGGCGCAGCAAGCUCAAAGUAAUGCGCAAUUGCAAUGGAUCAAAGAACCCCGUGUCAUUUAUGGUGUCCGCAGAGGUUUUUGAGCUUGGCCCUGCUAUAAAUGUUGUAGAACUUAGGAAGUCCCAUGGAGAUCCUGCCUUGUAUAGACAGCUCUGUGAAAGGAUCUCCAGUGACCUGGGGGUGUGCAAGACGGAGCAGAUCUUCAGAACUGCGUCGGUUGACGAUGAUCUUCAGAACAGCAAUGCAGGGACGCCACUGGUCGCGUUGUGACGAAUGCUGAGCCCUGCAAAUGUUGUAGCCAGGAUGCUGUUUAGGCAAAGAGGAUGUGUAGGAACAUAUUUGGAGGAGAGACAAAAGAUGGUAGUAUCAGAGUAUGUGAUACAGUGUACAGAUAUCCAACUGAGUGGUGACAAAAAAGCAAGCCACCGUUGUAAAACGAAAGGAAGGAAGAUGAAAUAAAAGAAAUAAAAUUGCCUUGUUCUAAA